GUGGGAGUGGCAGGUUUUGGAUGCACUGGGUCAAAAAUGACAAUGUUGACAAUUACCAUGCGGAAGAGUACUUCCUGGAGCAAAUCUUCGAGCCAAGAAGCUACAGUUUCUGUGACAUCACCUGGUACCUGUCCUGGAGUCCCUGUGAGGACUGCUGUGCUAUAAUACAGGAUUUCCUGGAGGAGGAGCACAAUGUGAACAUGCACAUCCACGUAGCACGGCUCUACUACGAGCACGAUCCCGGAAACUGCGCAGCCCUGAGGGAGCUUGCCAGCUUCCCGAGAGUAACCAUUCAAGCCAUGGAUGUGGAAGACUAUAUGUACUGCUGGGAUACAUUUUUACAAACAGACGGCUAUUUUGAUUUCACGGCGGGGAGCUUUCUGUCGGUGAUAGAGAAGAAUCGUCUAAAGCUGGAAGAGAUCCUUAUGGAUCUUCAUUUAUAGAAUCAAAGAAUAUCUCAAGUUGAAAGGGAUCCAAAAAGAUCAUCAAGUCCAACUCCCUUCUUUUCUCAGGACUUCCUAAAACUAAACAACAUGUCUGAAAUCAUCAUCCAUGUUAUAAACAGUUAUGUAGUAGUUGACUUUCUCUAUAAUUCGUUUGUUUUAAUUAUAAAAUUGUAAUACUUUGUAGAUAAUUAGUGUAAGUCUCAAAUUGCUUUUAAGUAUGGUAAAAUUUGUAAUGGCUUGUGGGCAGCAUAAAAGGGGAGACAAGGCUUUCACAAGAUGUAAGUGGGCUUGUGAAAGGUGUAUUUUAAGAUAUUAUUAUUAUUGCAAAAUAUAUAUCCAAGAUAGCAUAAGUGAAGAGCAGAAGACCAUAAAAGAAGAGUACCAAGCUUAAAAUGGCAUCAGAAGACCACCCUAGACUGCCAGCAACUACUGAACUGUGCGAAUGCUGCAAAAACCUGAAGUAAUAUUGUAGUCAAGGAGCCCAAAAUAAAUCUGAAAAAUCAUCUGAGGGAGUAACACAAUUGUAACAAUAUAAAAACCUGCAGACAGAAGAAGUGGGUGUGCCUGGCUGUGGCCACACACCCAGUGUACGCUGUAACUAUGGCUUUAUGAUUAUGCCUUGUAAUCAUUUAUUAAAACUCUUAAAAAUUUAA